UCAAUUUACAUUGUUUUUUUCUAUAUAUCUUAAAAAAAAAUUAUAUAUGAUAUUGACUUAUUGAUAUUUGGGACUUGUCAUGAGUUAAGUGGAGGAGAUACAGUUGUACCAGUUCUGGUAGCAAAAGUCACCAGAGAGAAAAUAGAGAAAAAGAAACUGUUGGGCCAAGACAGGGAUGAAGAGGGAGCGCGAGCAGCUUGGUUCUAGCGCAGGGACCUCAAGCUGCGGGUAUUCGAGCAGCAAAUCGAACAUUUGGGAUGAGGAAGGAGGCAUGGACGAACUUCUGGCGGUGGUGGGUUACAAGGUGAGAUCUUCCGACAUGGCGGAAGUCGCGCAGAAGCUGGAGCGUCUUGAAGAAGCUAUGGGAAACAUUCAAGACGGUCUCAAGGAACUUUCAGAUGGUGCCGCGCACUAUAACCCCUCUGACAUCUCCAACUGGCUCGAGACCAUGCUUUGCAAUUUCGACUCGCUUCCUCCAGAAGAACCGGAUACGGGCUACCCCUCUUCCGACUACGAUCUCAAGGCUAUUCCGGGGAAAGCAAUUUACGACGGAGGUGUUAGCACCAUGCCAAAUCCUAAGCGUCUCAAAUCCACCGAGUCAACGUGUGCUUUUCUGGUCGUUGACUCGCAGGAGAACGGGAUCCGCCUCGUGCACAGCCUCAUGGCGUGCGCGGAGGCCGUAGAAAACAACAACCUCGUCGUCGCGGAGUCGUUGGUGAAGCAGAUCGGAUUCCUCGCGGUGUCACAAGUCGGAGCUAUGCGGAAAGUCGCCACCUACUUUGCGGAAGCGCUGGCAAGGCGAAUCUAUCGCGUUUUCCCUCUCCAGCACUCAAUCUCAGACUCUCUCGAGAUUAACUUCUACGAAACCUGUCCUUACACCAAGUUCGCUCACUUCACCGCGAACCAAGCUAUUCUGGAAGCGUUCCAAGGGAAGAGCCGCGUUCACGUCAUAGAUUUCGGAAUCAACCAGGGGAUGCAGUGGCCGGCACUGUUGCAGGCUCUCGCCCUUCGUCCCGGCGGUCCUCCUGCUUUCCGGCUGACAGGAAUCGGGCCUCCAGCGGCGGAUAACUCCGACCAACUCCAGGAAGUCGGAUGGAAGCUCGCACAGUUGGCAGAGACGAUUCACGUGCAGUUUGAGUACCGCGGCUUUGUCACCAACAGUCUCGCCGAUCUCGAUGCUUCCAUGCUCGACCUCCGUGAAGAUGAGCCCGUGGCGGUCAACUCCGUCUUCGAGUUUCAUAAACUCCUCGCGCGCCCCGGCGCCAUCGAGAAGGUCCUCUCCGUUGUCCGUAAAAUUCGGCCUGAGAUUCUGACCGUGGUGGAGCAAGAAUCGAAUCACAACGGACUGAGGUUUCUUGACCGCUUCACUGAGUCGCUACACUAUUAUUCAACUUUGUUCGACUCAGUGGAGGGCUCGCCUAUGAAUCCACAGAAUAAGGCGAUGACGGAGGUUUACCUAGGAAAUCAAAUAUGUAACGUGGUGGCCUGUGAGGGAAUAGACCGCGUGGAACGGCACGAGACCCUUAACCAGUGGCGGAAACGGUUCAGUUCGACAGGGUUUUGUCCGGUUCAUUUGGGUUCCAACGCGUUCAAGCAGGCUAGCAUGUUGCUCGCUCUUUUUGCUGGUGGGGAUGGGUAUAGGGUGGAGGAGAACAGUGGGUGUCUCAUGCUGGGAUGGCACACAAGGGCCUUGAUUGCCACUUCCGCAUGGCAACUCGCUGCGAAAUCGGUGGUUGUAUUAUGAGUCUGAUCACUGAUUCACCAUACAGCAUUUUAUUAUUAUUUUUUUAAAAUUAAUUUUCAAUUCAAUCCAGCCGAAAAAGAAAAAAAAGGAACUUGUGGGGAUGAGCGGGCAGUGUGUAAAUGUGCUAUGCUGAGCUGUGAGCACUGAUUGCAUAAGACCGAGACCCACCAUUGUCCAUUUAUCUACCGCAACUUAUGUCUCUCUGUCCGACCCUUAAUCUACUUAUGUCAGGGGCUUAUUUUUUUCUCGUCUUUUUCAAGUAAACCUUUUUUUUCUGCUUUCUUACUGCUUGGGUUGGAUGGAAUCUCUUGUAAUUUGUCAGGAUUGAAUCGAAAAGCUUAAUGUGUAUUA